UUACUUCUGCUAAUGUUUACAAAUUGCACCAAAACAUAUUUCUUUGCCAAUGAUUAUUAAUUAAUUUAUUAUGGAUGAUAUAUAAAAUCAGUUCUAGAUCUAGAUCUAGAUAAGUUCUUCAUAUAAAAAAAAAUGAAGAAUAAAACAUUGUUAGGGCUAAUGAUCUAGAUCUAGACUAAAUCUAAUUAUUAAUUAAUAAUGGAAAAAUAUGAAAAAAUUAGAGUUGUUGGAAGAGGCGCAUACGGAACUGUCCAUCUUUGUGUUCAUCUAAGCGAGCGCAAGCAUGUUAUCAUAAAACAAAUUCCAGUGGAGCAGAUGACAAAAGAUGAGCGUCAAGCUGCGCUGAAUGAAGUCAAAGUGCUCUCUAUGUUACACCAUCCAAAUAUCAUACAGUACUAUGAAAAUUUUUUGGAGGAUAAAGCCUUGAUGAUAGUUAUGGAGUAUGCUCAAGGUGGAACCUUGUUUGAUUAUUUACAAAGCAGAAAUGGCUGUUUGUUAGAAGAGGAGGACAUUCUAAGAUUUCUGGCUCAAAUGCUGCUGUCACUGCAACAUGUUCACUCCAAGCAAAUCCUUCACAGAGAUUUAAAGACUCAAAACAUUUUGCUAGACAAGAAGAAAGAAAUUGUCAAGAUAGGAGAUUUUGGUAUUUCAAAGGUUCUCAGCAGCAAAAGCAAGGCAUAUACUGUAGUCGGGACACCCUGCUACAUCUCUCCAGAACUAUGUGAAGGCAAACCAUACAACCAGAAAAGUGAUAUCUGGGCCCUGGGAUGUGUAUUGUACGAGCUGGCCAGUCUGAAGAGAGCUUUUGAGGCAGCUAACUUGCCAGCCCUGAUACUGAAGAUCAUGCGAGGAACUUUCUCGCCAAUCUCGUCCCACUACAGCCCCCAGCUGCGGGGCCUGAUCCUCAGCAUGCUGCACCUGGACCCAGCCAAGAGGCCCACAAUCAAUCAGAUCAUGGCCCAACCAAUUAUCAUCAACACCAUCAUGAACCUCCACACAGAUACUGGCAAAGUGCCUUGUGUCAGAAUAAAUCGUCCUCUGUCAAGCAUACAAGGAACUGGUCGGGGACGACAAACUUCUCGGGGUAAUGUGACUUCCAGAGAUGGCACAAGGCCCCAGCCCCUGAGCUGUGUGUACUGCUGGGGUGGGGGCAUCAACCUGCCCAUCAAACUGCCCCUCCCCAACACAGAGACGCAGGUGGAACAGGUCUCCACAGGGAGGACACAGCGGGCAGCCCUCACCAAGAAUGGGAGGCUUUUUGUCUGGGAGCCUCAGGCUGUUGGGACGGACACACUGUUGCCUGGUUCAACAGACAGCCCAAGUUUUGUGCCACGUUUUCUAGAAGGUCAAACUGCUGUCACUAUACAACAAGUGGCCUGUGGGGAUUUGUUUACUGCCUGCCUUACAGAUCGUGGAAUUUUAAUGACUUUUGGAAGUGGUGCUAAUGGAUGCCUGGGUCAUGGCAACUGUAAUGAUGUCACACAGGCCAAAAUUGUGGAAUCUCUGCUGGGUUACGAGGUGAUCCAGGUCUCCUGUGGGGCCUCGCAUGUGCUGGCUGUCACAAAUGAACAUGAAGUCUUUGCUUGGGGAAGGGGAGACAAUGGUCGCCUAGGGCUUGGUAAUUACGAGUGUACCAUGUCACCCCAACUGGUGUCUGUCCCCAGUCAAAGCCAUCCUUGCUCUGUGCAUUGUGGCAUGGAUUGCUCAGUCAUCUUGACACUGGAGAAUUCUCUUCUCUCUACUGGCAGUAACAGAUACAACAAACUAGCCUUGGACAGGAUAAGCUUGGAUGGAGCAGUAGAAAAUUUGGUAGAGGAGACAACAAGCUUCACACCUGUGUCAUCAGCUCCCAUUACAAACCUUCCCAUCAAAUUAGUGGCACUGGGCACCUCACAUUCAGCUGUUGUUACAGCUGAUGGCGACUGCUACACAUUUGGUUCCAACCAGUUUGGACAACUUGGAGUUGAGACAGAACCUGCUCACAGAAGACCUCAGCUGGUGGCCUCACUUCCACACAAGGCCAUCAUGAUUGCCUGCGGUGACAUCUUUACUGUGGCUGUAGCUGAUGACCAUCAGGUGUACACUUGGGGCAAAUGCUCCCGUGGCCGUCUAGGAAGAAUGGAUGAGGAGAGCCACCUACCAAAGCCUGUGCUGUUCCCACAAGAUGAAGACCCCUUUGUUGUUGUCUCAGUCUCCAGCAGCCAUGGUGGAACUGUCAUUGCCACCAAACCUAAACAAAGAUCAUCAAGCCCUGUCUGAUGUUAGUUCUCCACCAGAGGCAUUAAUAUCAUAUGUGAACACUCAACCAGAGGCAUUAAUAUUUUAUGAUGUGAGCACUCAACAGACAGCCGCCUACAUAAGGCAUC